CACAGUGGUCUGGCUAAUCAUGAUAAAUACGGCAUGGUUGAUGCAGCAUAUGCUGCAUUCAGAAAGUACUAUUAUUAUUCUUGCUCUUUUGGAUAGAAACUGUUGCUCUCUUAGACGUAUAUAGCAUAAUUUAUAGUGAUUGUUAAUAUGGUUGUCGAAAGCAGCCCUAAAAAAGCCACUAGAAUACCGUACUCUGUAGUCACAAGGGCUUCAGCCAGGGAAGGAAAAAAUCCAGGGAUUUCAACUCCUUCCCGCAUACAGAUCCUAAAGUCUCGUGUAGCUUUAGUCUGCCCUGAUACAACGCCUGCAUUGCCACAGUCUAGUACUGAAACGGCACAGGCAAUGCCAGAAGGACAGAAUUCUACACCUGCAUCAACUGUAGGCCAGUGUGUGAAACAUAUCAAGCCUAAAAGGAAACGUUCAAGACAUCAUAAGACCUCGAAGGCGUCAUCAAGGAAAGGGGAUGAAUGUCAGGCGUGCAACAUCACAGUUUCUAAAACUGAUUCAGCGUUUGAAUGCAAUUUUUGCAAACGAUGGGUGCACCGCCAUUGUGACAAAGAGGUACCGAAAGCAUACUAUGAGUUUAUGAGAAAUAACCCAUGCUCAUGGUUUUGGUACGUGUGUCCACUUUGUCGCCCUGGCAUAGUCCCACAAAGCGUGUCUGGGGAUAGCAGAAACAUUGCGCCGAGGCUCUCUGUAGACCCUUGUGCGACUUGUUCCAACACUCAAUGGAUUCUGGGACCCUGCCAAGGGAGUGGAAAAGAGCCAUCCUUUCUCCAAUCUUCAAGGGUGGGGACAGGCAAAACGCUGCUAGCUAUAGACCAGUAGCUCUACUUCCAGUGAUAUCCAAAGUACUGGAAAGUAUUAUUGACGACCACAUCAGGGAACAUUUCGAUAGGACUAAUAUACUACAUGAAGCCCAACAUGGUUUCAGGAAAGGCAGAUCCUGCGUCACUAACCUACUGUCAGCUUGGGACGACUGGACAUCAUGCUGGGAUACGAACGUACCAGUCCAUGUGGUCUUCCUAGACUUUGAGAAGGCAUUUGACACUGUUCACCAUGACCUUCUCCUACAUAAAAUAAGCCGGGCAGGCAUAGGUGAGCCACUUCUGUCAUGGUUGAAGGACUACCUAGCAGACAGGCAAUUUUGCACUAAGGUUAACCGAGUCCGAUCAUCUUGGCACAGAUCGUCAUCAGGAGUGUCGCAGGGUUCUAUCCUAGGACCACUGAUGUUUUUGAUUUUCAUCAAUGAUCUACCACGCCGUCUGAGCUGCCCGACUCUCCUGUACGCUGACGACGUAAAAAUAUGGAGGGCGAUAAAGUGUCCGGAGGACUCAGAUAGGUUACAGGAAGACCUAAACCUUCUGGAAGACUGGUCGGUGGUCAGUGGCAUGACUUUCAACUUGAAAAAGUGCAAAGUAGUGAAGUUGCGCACCUGUAGACUGCAGAAUGCAAGUUACACCCUGUGCAAUGAAAGCUUGUCCUGCACAACGUCGGAACGCGACUUAGGUCUAGUUCUAACGGAAAAAAUGGACACAAGCGUAAAUUACACAGGGGAUUUAGCGAGGGCAUAUGCGGUCAUACACUUUACGCAUAGACAGUUAGAUGCACUCACUCCUGAGCUCUUUCUAAUGUUGUACAAAACAUACGUCAGGCCACACCUCAAGGUGCAUAGUAUUAUUGCACCCCCAAUGCUGAGAAGAUACGCCAACCUAUUGGAAAGAGUCCAACGACGGGCAACAAAAGGAGUGGUUGGUCUCCGAAACAAACCAUAUGAUGAAAGGCUGAAGAAAUUAGGCCUGUUCACACUUAGUUACCGUCGGCUUAGGGGGGAUUUGAUUACCGCCUACAAAAUAACAAAUGACCAGAAUCACCCAAACAAAGGUGUUCUGCCAUUGAGUAGGUAUAGGCUUCCACGUGGAAAUCGCAGAAGGAUAGCUCACCAGAGGGCAAGGACCCGGGUGCGCUCCCACUUCUUUUCACUGCGGGUUUGCCGUCCCUGGAAUUCCUUGCCGGCAGAUGUAGCUAUGGCACCGUCUUUGGACGCCUUUAAGCGAAGGCUGGACAACCAUGCAGCGAUACAAGGACUGCAUCCAAGUGGCCUAUCUCCUUAAAAUCGCAUAUACCAAUCAGGGGUAGAUAAUUAAACUCGUCAUUUUACUUCUUUACAUUAUCUCCCGUCUUACUCUCCUAACAACUUAUUAAUAUUAUAAUUACUAUUAUUAUUAUUAUUACUAU